ACCCACACAAGGAGAUGGGAAUCGAGUACCACAGCCGUGCCCUACGCCAGAGCAGCCAACCCUUAAGCGAUCAGAGAGAGUGCGCCGCAGACCUUGCAGAUACAUUGAAGAAUACUGAUUGACAAUGACUGCUGUUAGUUACCAUUAGAACAAUGUUAGAAUAUUUACUUGUAUAGGUAAAUUUAGAAGUAGACCAUAAGUUACACGUUUGUAUGUUAGGUUACUGUUCAAAUGGAAGAAGUAGUAUUGGGCUACCUGUAGUAGCAGAGGGACUAGGGGGACUGGGGCGAAGUAAGAUGGCGGCCUCCUAGAGCGAUCGGACUACGAUUGUAUGGUAGCACCUUAGAGUAUCUUAGACACAGUAAACGUCUUACUACACUUGUCUCCGCCCUUGGCAUUGUGGAUGCACACACACUCCUCCUUGGUCUGUUUAGGCAUGCAAGUAAAGUCUUUCAGGGGACCAUUCUGGAUGCAUUAUAUCUUGAGUUAGCAAAGGCUUGCGGCAUACGCACACAUCCAAAGGAUUUUGGAACGUUUUCCAUUAAUGUCAUGAAGAAUCUCCAAAUGCAAGGCAAACCCAACUUGGUUUACAAAUGGUGCCAGUACCUUCAUGGGGUUAACCGAUCCUUGCAGCUAGAUAGGAUGCCAUUUGGAAUGAUCCAGUACCGCAUUGAGUUUUUCAGUUGUACACAUAUAGCACAGAUAUAUGUGUCCCCUGACUAUAAAAUAUGGCUAGACACAAUGGAGGCAGAGUUUGGUGGUGGAAAGUUUAAGCGCUUGUUUCGUGGCCCUAUGUGGAAUGGCUGUGACAAGAAAGACAUUGGUGAUCCCUCAAAGGCCAAACCCAACAUACCAUGCAGAAGCAAACAAGCCCAACUGAAUGCCAUUGCUAAGAGUGACUUCUCUUCUAAGCCAGAAAUACAGACUGAUGGGACUGAUGUGAAGGAAGCCUUACAAGAGUCAUUAUUAAAAGUAUGGAAUGGUGAUGUUGAUGGAGCACUUGAAACCCUACAGGGACUGUAUGAUGACCGACUCCAUGUAUCGCAAGCUCUUAGUGUCCACAAAUUGUGUGGGAAAGAGUUAAGGGACCCAGUAGUGGCUGUUAACAAUGAGCUAAAUAACAACAUCCUGUUUCUCUAUUAUGGGCUUGCCAAGGCUGUUCAACUCUUCAGAAAGAAAUUUGAUCCCCCCAACACAAAGACUGAGAAGUUGAUGUCACUCAACUGGGAAAUUGUUGAGUUUAACACGCUUUUAGAGCAGGCAACUCGCUUUAGAGAAGUAACAAAAGAAAUGUUGAACUGUCUGGACCCUCUUCUUAGCAUGUCCAAAGAUUUGAAAGAGAGUCUGGAAUCCAACAAGGAAAAAAAGCCUCCCAGGAUGUUGCCAGCUUGUGAAAAAAGGCUGGAGACUAUGAUCAGUUCCUGAAGAACCUCUUAAAAAAAAGGCAAUGUGCCACCCACGUCCUAGUGUUCAUGGUAUCUGACGAAUGCAGAGACAAAAAGCCUUAUGCUAUUCCUGUUCAGUAUAUCCCAUACCACACCAUCAGGGAUCGAGAAGUCAGGGACCUCACCAAGCUCAACAAAGUAAAAAUGACCAAAGCUGGGCUUCCUGUUGUUGGUACUUGUACUGAUGGAGAGUUUGAACAGCUUCGAUGUCGAUGCGAGACUAGACCUCUGCAAGUCUGGCAAAAAAGUGCAUGAUUCUCGUGAAAGUGUGGGCAAAAUGAGCAAAAAUACACUCCUCCAGGUGCUUCAGCUACAAGGAGUUGAAAAACAAAAACAUUUAAUACCCAUUUUCUACCACACCCUGGUAAACGUUCGCAACAUAAUAAUCGUUGUGCUCAUCCUAUCAACUGUCAUCUUCAUCGCCGUCCUUAUUGCGUUACUGAUACGAGGGAAGAGCUCUGAAAAUGAUGAAAAUAACGACGAAGAUUCUUCAAUUCUUAUAGCCACUGAUGGUGGAACAAUACGAGGUACUAGGAAUUCAAAUGCUUGGGUGUUCAAGGGGAUUCCCUACGCCAAGCCCCCUAUAAAUGACAUGCGAUGGAAACCACCUUUCCCAUGUGGGCAUAAUCACUGCUGGCAAGGUACUUUUAAUGCUGCUUUUUACGGUAAAGUUUGCCCUCAGUUAAACAGCGAAGAUCAAGUCAUCGGCAGCGAAGAUUGCCUUUAUUUAAAUGUUUGGACGCCAAGUGUAGAUAUCAAGCAGCCUGUACUUGUAUUUAUUCAUGGAGGCGACUUGACUUACGGAUCUGGACACGAUAGGGGGAUUCAUCCGACCCCGGAAUUUGUGAGUAACUUGGGUGUUGUCGGCAUUUCUUUCAACUACAGACUUAACGCGUUUGGAUUUCUGAGCCUAGACGCUCUCUCAGACGGCUCCAAAAGCAAUACGUCUGGAAAUUACGGAUUCAUGGAUCAAAUUAUGGCGUUGUCGUGGAUUCAUACAAAUAUUGCACGUUUCGGUGGAGAUCCCGAUCGGGUUAUACUUCUUGGUCAAAGUUCUGGUGCCACUUCCUCCCUUGCUUUGUUAGUGUCCCCGCUAGCUAAUGGACUCUUUCACGGUGCUAUCCUUAUGAGUGCAUCCCCUGUAUUCAGUAAAUCAGCCAAUGAUGCUUCUAGUGACAACAAGGUUUUUGUCGAACGUAUGGGCUGUGCCCAUGACAGCCUUGCUUCUACGCGUGAGUGCCUCUACCGUUCUAAUGUAGCUAGAAUUAUACAGAAGAGCCCGUGGAAUGUAUACCCUUACUGGAGUAUGCCAGACCUGACCGAUCUUCCGACUCCGGGAUUUUUCAGCGGUGCCUUGGCAACAGUCGAUGGGCAUGUGGUACCAUACCCACCAUUUAUUGCGUUGUCUUCCGGUAGGAGAAUCAACGAUGUACCCGUCAUUUUAGGCACAACAGCUCAGGAGAUAGACUACCUUCCCGGAAAGCUCUUCAACACAAAGGCAGACCUGAGUGACUUCAAGAGAUACGCCAGCGAGAGGCUCUCAAGAUUCCUGAGUGAUGCCGAAAUCGAGAAAGUAUUUUCAAUGUACCUGGUUGAACACAAACAUCCGCGGCUUUCGUACGCUAAUAUCGUCACGGAUAUCCGAGUCACGUGCCCAACACGUGUGCUUGCCGUUGGCGCGUCCACCGGACUGCGUAGUGUCUAUCGUUACGUGGUGACCAACUGGCCUAGUAAGCCAGUCACGCUUGUGGGAGACAAGACCAGUGCUUACGCCUUUCACAUGUGGGAUCUAUUGGCGUUUUUCGGUUUCCCUGAAGCGUUCGGCUAUUCGCCAUCUGCCAGAGAUAAGAGAUUCAUGGCCAAUUUAAGAAGGGAGCUUGGUAGAUUUAUCCAUAGCAAUAAGGUUGAGAGCUCAGGCUGGAAGCCGUAUCCUGAGGUGACCGCUCUUUUCACCGACGGCGGACUGGACUUUGCGCGUUCGUAUUUGGAUAGAGAAUGUGACCUCUGGUUAGGGCAUGGCCUGUUUCCAUAUGGCUGGGUCAACUAGUUUACGUCGAAGACAAAACAAUAUAAAGGCAGAGCAAGACUUUUUUGAAUAAUUUAUUGAGUAUGACAGACAAUCAGUUGUAGUUACACAUUUUCCAAAAUACGUUGGUGCAAAUGGCGAAUGGCACAUGGAAGUACUAAGAUCAAAA